AUGCAUGAGCUGCUGCUGCUGACUCCGCGGCACCGCCACGGCUGCCACGAGCGCCUGAAGAUUGCGCGGCGCCUGGGGCGCUUGGACCAGGCCGGCUGGGGCGCCAACGGCCGGCUGCGGCUGGGGGAGAUCUUGCACACCAGGCUGGCGGAGGGCGUGAUUCUGUUGCUGGUGACACUGGAGCUUUGCAUGACCUUAUUGGAGUGUGGCUUGAAGUCGGGCUUCAUUUGUCUCUUCCAGGUUGAUGUGGUCUGCAACGUAGAUGGCUUUGUCUGCGAGAGCGCAGAGGGCAGGAGGACGAGCCUCGUGUUGGAGACUUGCGAGAUGAUGUCGAAAGUGAUCGUGGUGCUCUUUGCAGUGGAGAUGAUGCUGAAAGUCUCGGUGGCUCCUGUGCACACGCUGAGCAACCUCUGGCACCUGCUGGACAUGCUGGUGGUCUUCGGAAAUCUUCUCUUCACCUUCUGCCUGGCCGGCCGGGGGGAGCUGUCUCUGCUGCUGCGCUGCUGGCGCAUCUUCAAGCUGAUCAUGCUGGUGGAAGAGGAGGCUGAGAAGAUCGAGGAGCACAUCCGAAGGCGCAUGAAGGAGGAGACCUCACAUGCUUCAGACUGCUCCCCCAGGUCAGCCGGUGCUGCAAGCACCACACAUCUGAGGCAUGCCACGAGAGGUGGCAAGUUCGGGGGUGGCAUCGGUGCAGUGCUCGGAACCGCUACGGGGGCUGCCGUUGGAGUGAUCCCCGCCAUCUUCACCUUCGGGCUUUCCAUUCCGAUUUGCGCAGCAGUGGGUGGUGGAACGGGCCUCUGCGCCGGGACUGCGGUCCAGAGCUUUCCUUGA